GGGAGGUGGAGGCGGAGGAGGAGAUAACGGCAAACGUAUAUAUACACACCAUCUGUGCCCAUAGCUUUAAACUACCAGCUGAAGCCAGAGUGGGUACACAACAUCCUUACAGCUCAAAGAGAAGCAUACUUUGGAAGCAAUGGCAGAUGAAAGCUUUAAGCAGGAGUUCCUGGAGACCCAUAACCAGUACAGGAAGCAGCAUCAAGCCCCAGAGCUGACGUACAAUGACGAGCUGUGCACUGCUGCUCAAAAGUGGGCGGAUCAUAUGCUGAGCAAAAGAUCAUUGGGCCACAGUGACACAGAUGAUGGGGAGAAUGUGUUUUAUUCCUACUGUUCUGAGAAAAAGACACCCACAGGGAAGGAGGCUGUAGACAGUUGGUACAGUGAGAUCAAGGAUUACGACUUUACUAAAUCAGGACAUCAGCCCAAAACAGGGCAUUUCACUCAGGUCGUGUGGAAAUCAUCCACUGAGCUCGGUGUAGGUCUGGCGACUGAUGGAAACACAGUUUUUGUCGUGGGCCAGUACAGACCUGCUGGAAAUAUAACCAACGAUGGUUACUAUGAGAAAAAUGUUCUUCCUAAAACUGAAUGAUUGUUUUCUUUCCUCAAUGAAUUUGUCCAUUGCUAAAUGUUUAUAUGAUUUAGCAGAUGCUUUUAAUUCAAAGUGACUUACGUCACCAUAACCAUUUUAAAUGUAAUACAUGGAUCAAAUCCUG